GGUGUGGUCGUGUUGUUGGUUAAAAUGUGCUGGAUUUUUUACUUGUUAUCUAUAAUUGUGUAAAAUAAUAGAAAUUCUUCUGCUUUAUGUAAUGAAUGUGUUUUAUCAGUAGUAUUAUUUUUGUGUUUGGUGCAAAGUAUAAUUCGCAUUCAAGAAAUUAUUAAUGAAAAGUGAUAGCUGAGAUUGGUGUUCAUUAUGAGUUAUAAAGUUUUAUUUUGGUGUUCAUAAUUUUAUUUUGAUUGGAUAUCUGGAGAUCAUUUGAUUGCGAACGUCUUGCUAAUAAAAAGAAGACCGAAAUGCUUAUACGAAUACUAAAACUUUCGCAAUAAAACGGGAAUUAUAAGCGGAGCACAUCAUGGCAGACCGAGGCAUUCGAUCGCCCUCGGCGGCCGCACAACAAGAGGCCGCCUUGGCUUCGGCGAUUUUCGACCAUUUUUGUGCGGCACCUACCCUCAAACUCGCCCUGGGCUAUCAUCGAAAUCUAUGCGAAACCCUGCAUCUGAAACCAACCCGUCUUCCAGAUUAUUAUCCUAAAUUAAAGGCAAAACUCUCUAAAUCUUGGAAAGCUCAAGCUCUGUUUAAAAAAUUUGAUGCUCGUGCUGCACACAAAUGCUACCAGAGAGGUGAAGCGACACCUCACACCAGGGUGCUGAUUAUUGGUGCAGGACCUUGCGGUCUUAGAGCGGCGAUCGAAGCUCAACUUUUGGGUGCCAAAGUGGUCGUGGUCGAAAAGCGAGAUCGAAUGUCCAGGAACAAUGUGCUUCAUUUGUGGCCUUUUGUGAUUCAUGAUCUACGAGCUCUCGGUGCAAAGAAAUUCUUUGGAAAAUUUUGUGCUGGUGCUAUUGACCACAUCAGUAUUAGGCAGCUGCAAAUUAUUCUCCUCAAAGUAGCUUUGUUGCUGGGAGUGGAAAUUCAUGAAGGUGUAGCAUUUGAGCAUCUUGUGGAACCCUCUGAUGGGAUGGGUUGGCGUUGCCGAACUACACCAGCUGAGCAUCCAGUUUCGCAAUAUGAAUUUGACGUGUUACUGGGUGCAGAUGGUAAACGAAAUACAUUAGAAGGAUUUAAAAGAAAAGAAUUUCGUGGAAAAUUAGCCAUAGCCAUCACUGCGAAUUUUAUUAACAAACGCUCUGAAGCUGAAGCAAAGGUAGAGGAAAUAAGUGGAGUUGCAUUUAUAUUCAACCAAAAAUUCUUCAAAGAUUUAUAUGCGGAGACGGGAAUUGAUUUAGAGAAUAUAGUAUACUACAAGGAUGAUACUCAUUACUUCGUGAUGACGGCGAAGAAGCAUAGUCUUUUGGACAAAGGCGUUAUUAUUCAGGAUUAUGCAGAUACGGCAAGACUUCUGGCGCUGGAAAAUGUGGAUCGUGAUGCUCUCAUGAUGUACGCAAGAGAAGCAGCAGAAUUUUCCACCGAGUAUCAAAUGCCUGGAAUGGAAUUUGCCGUCAAUCAUUAUGGGAAACCUGACGUAGCUAUGUUUGAUUUUACUUCUAUGUACGCGGCCGAGAAUGCGAGCAGAGUUCUGCAUAGAAAUGGCCAUCGGUUGCUGAUGUGCCUGGUCGGAGACAGUUUACUUGAGCCGUUUUGGCCAACUGGUUCAGGUUGUGCUCGCGGCUUCUUAUCAGCUUUGGACGCCUGUUGGGCAAUAAAACGAUGGGGAGCAGGCCAAAAUCCAUUAGACGUAGUUGCUGAGAGAGAAAGUGUAUAUAGGCUUUUAGGUCACUCAACUCCUGAAAAUUUGCAGCGGGACUGCUCUAGUUAUACGUUAGAUCCUAGUACCAGAUACCAAAACUUAAAUAAAUCUUCGGUUUUAUCACACCAGGUGAAAUCUCUUGUUACCACGGAUGAUCCGUCAAUUUUAGAAGUAAAAUCCUCACCUAUUGUACCAGAUAUAUCUGACAUGCCCAGAAAACGAAGGAGAAGAGAUAACAAAGUAUUACCUGAGACCCUUCUUCACUGGAUUAACUUCCAAAUAGCCCCUUACGACUUGCAGAUAGACAAUAUAUUACAAUUAUUAGACAAUGGUUUAGUUUUAUGUGCAGUUUUACAUCGAUAUCGUCCUGAUCUAAUCAAUUAUACAGAACGGUUGGCAAAAACUUGCACGGAAAAUAAUCGACAUGCUAUCAAAAUAAUGGAGCAAGAAUUAGGUAUACCAAGUACCCUUUACGCAAAAGGCGAUAAUCCCGAUGAAGCGGAUUUAGUGAAUUACAUCACACAAAUUUACUACACGUUUAGAGGAGAAAUACCACACAUAAAACAUCCCAAACUGGAAAUGCCUGAGAAAAGGGCUGACGUCAAUCCAACAGCAGCAUUCUCUAGAAUUGCAAAAUUUGGAGCUGAAAAAAAGGUAGACAAUGGAACGCCAGCAUUAUCUUCUCAAACUCAUAAGCGCCGAUCAAGAGCAUCCAAUGAAGGAACCUCAAUUGGAGAUAAAGCCAGGAUAGAUGUUUUAAAACGGCCCAGGAAAAGGCGUAGUGAUCGUUUUGGUGGUUUUUCAGUGGAGGAAAGACAGCAACGUCUUCUAGAAAUUGCUGCAAAUCGAGAAGAACGUAUGAGCAAACGCAGGGCAAACCGAAAACUGCAAACUCAGAAUUUCAUAAAAAGCAUCCAGAUGUUGGCUGCCAAUGAUAAAAGUAAUUCGGAUACACCUUUCGAAGACUACUCAAUUUAUCUUUACAGACAGACAGCUCCUGAAUUUGAAGAUAGAGUCAAAGAGUUGGAAAGAAAAUUAUUGUAUCCCGACCGCGAACGAGGUAUAGGACUCCCCGCAGGAUCUCGUGGACCGUUGGACGAAGAUUUUUCUAACAGAAUUAAAAAUUAUGAACAGCAAUUGAAAUUCAUCAGCUCUAAUGAGAAAAAGCCCAAAGAUUUGUUGAGAGCCAUAGGAAAGAUUGAAAGUUCUGAUUGGAACAUAAAAGAAAUUGAAAAGAAAAUAGAAGAAAGCAAAAAGGCUCCUGUGUCUUCGGUUAAUCGUGAGAAAGUGCCAAAAUGGAGCAGGGAACAGUUUUUAGCGCGACAGAACAAGAUGGCAUCUAAGGGCAUGGGACUGGAAAGGCAGGACUCAAGUGGUGGAAAAUUCAAGGAAAUCGAUUACAAAUUGAAGGAAAUCGACCGUCAAUUGAAAGAACCAGCACUUGUAGCCUUGACGAAACAUGACGUUCGAAAAGUUGCAAACUUAGCUGGUAAUUUUACCAAAGAUAAGACUGAAGACAGCCAAAGCCGCACAGUGGACAAACCAGCACCAGCGAACACAAAAAUCACAUCAGUGUUGGCCAGUCAGAAGAAUUCCGAUUUAUGCCAUUUCUGCGGAAAACGAGUCUACUUAAUGGAGAGGCAGUGUGCUGAAGGUUUAACCUUCCACAGGGCCUGCCUGAGAUGCACCCACUGCGGCACCCAUUUGAGAUUGGGCGCCUGUUCGUUUGAUAGAGAUGGAAAAGUAUAUUGCGUCCAACACGUUGGCAUGCCCGGUAAACAGAUUGUUAAGAAACCAAAGGUAAGUAAAUGAUAAUCUAAAAUAUAAUGUCUCAAAUUAACCUUAACCUCUUCUAUUAAUUACUUUUAGGACGCUCAGCCAGUCAGAAAAGACCCUCACACUCCAGAAAAAGUUCAAGGCUUCAUUCCAGGAUUGGAUCUUAUAGAUAGAGGACAAACACCAGAACGUAUCGAAUAUGAAAUAGAUAGGCCACAUGUAGAAACCGAAGAUGAUCACUCACUUAGUCCAAUGGACGAAGAUGAAUGGACCGAUCGAAACUUUGGAGCAUCAACUGUUGAAAAUUUAUCCAGUGACGAAAACGAAAGCGAUUCCGACAUAUCAUCAGACUCUUCCGAAUCUGAUGAUGAUUACUCAGAAGCUCUCGACAACUUGGACCCUCUGCAGCUUUCCAAUCGCAAGUACAGGAAUAAUGACGAUGCUUUGUAUGAAGAAAGUCCAAGUGAUGAAUUUUACCACGAAUAUAGUGAUGAAGAUUCUGACGACAACGACACUCAAACAGAUGGAGAAGAAGAUGCCAAAGCUCGUGAGUUACGAAGAAUGGAAAUACCACUUAAUCAACAGCCACCGAAGAAUGUUUAUUCAAAUACAGAGGUACAAUCAACGAAUAUGCAAUCGCUUCUGGGUGAUGAAACAGACGUAGUAAAUAAUAAAAGUGAUGAAAAUUUUACAAACCCCGUAGCUCAAAUCAAUGUCAUACCUGACAUAUUAAUAAAUAAUAAAAACGUGUCUAAAAGCAGCAUACGUGAUAUGAAUAACGCAUCGCGAGAACUAAAUUUUGAUGAUUUAAUUAAUUCUGAUGAAAAAAUAUUCAAUAACGAUGAUGUUAAGACGGAGGAAAAUCCACCUUCUGUUAACGUUAAUGUUAAUUCAAAUAUUAAUUCCCAAUUUGAUUUAUCUGAUGUUAAAUUGCGUAAAAAACCGGAACCUGUGGUUUCUGAUAUAGAAUUGUUCGAUGAAAACGAUUUGGCUAAACAGCGCAUUUCAGAUACGUAUGAUGAACUUUUUGAAAAAAUAAUUGAAGAUGAAAAUAUUGAUUUGGAUACUCCAGAUCCUCUUAAAGUUAUCGAAACACAAAACUUUAAGGAUACAGUUGACGUGAUAAAAUCAUAUCUUACUGUUCCUAAGGUAUCAACAGUUACUACUAACAAAAAUCUGUCUAAAUAUUUUCCGCAAAAUGCUCCUGCAAAGCAAGAGAAAAAACCCUUAAAGUCUAAUAAAAGUAUAAAGGAAGUAGAUUUAUCAAAAUAUUUUGGAGUUAAGAAACCUAUCCCGAUAAAAAAUAAACAAAAUUCAAAAGAAGAUUUCAAAUCUUCAACUCCACCAUUAGUUACUUCCGAGAAAGAUAUGAAUGGUUUCGACGAAGGUGCUUUCCUUUCCCAUGAGGAUAAAAGUGAUGAUAAAUCUUCUACGACAAUAAUCAAAAGCGCGAUUUUACCAGAUAUUUCUAAAGUAGAAACUGUAAUUAUACCCCCGAAAAAAGAUUUUGAUAAAUCUGAUGAUGUAGCUUUAGGCAUAGACCAAAUAAAUCUAAACUCAACUGAAUCCACAAAUAUGUCACCUGUCGCGCCAAGAAAACCUUUACGGAAAAAAUCAUCGAUUGAUAAUCCUAAAUACUUAAGUACACCUGAAAUAAAUAACUCUGUACCUCCCGAUGAUUUUAUACCCGUUAAGCCAAAUCGUUUAAAAAGGUCUUUGCAAAGUGUAAAAAACAAAUUGAAAAAUGACGCACCUCAGGUGCCCCCUCAGAGGCCACAACGUGCUAAAUCUUUAUUGCAAUUGCCUCAAGACGAUAAAUUCCAGGCAUCCACGGAAGAUACUUCAUCAUCAUCCAGCAGCAACGACGAUAUCCAAAAUUCAGCCACUGAAAUAUCUACAGACAGUGAAUUCGAACAUGAUGGUCUGACCAAUGUCCGUGAAGUGCCAUCGAUAUUGAUUGAUGAUACCCAUGUAACAAAAACUAGAGGCUCUUCAUUCUAUCAACCCACAAAAAUGCAUGUUAAGACAACUGAAAUGCGACGCAUGAAUGGCAAACGUGAGAAUUUAUUGUUGGCAAAAUCGAAGAAGGAAUCAGAAGAUGGUAUUGAAUUAGAUAUAAGGCCUAUAGUGGAGUUUGAUAAAGAAAUCAUAAGCAAAAUCAGUUCAAGUAAAGAAAAUUCACGAGCGACUCCAUUAGUUAAUCCAAGACCUGGUGAUUAUUUACUUAAACACACUCAGAGUACGAGUGGUAUUGCAUCGAAAACAUCUUUAGAACUUAAAAAACGUUAUCUUCUUGGUGGUGAAAGCGUGGGAAGUGGUAUUAUGAAGUCUGGUUCGGCAUCUGCUUUGGAUUCUAAAUUUAAAUCCUUCCACAGCAAUAUAUCCGAAUACCAAAAACUACUUAAUCCUGCUUCAGAUUUGAAUUCUCAAAAACUCGUAAACGCCGUACAACAAUCACAAACUGUUGGAUUUUUUAAGACCACCCCACCCACUUCAAGUUUGGAACAUCAAAAUUCUGAUAAAACUAAUAUUAAAUUGGAUAUAAUAGACUUAAAAAGUGUACCAAAAAUAAAUAAGCCUGAUAUUAUAGAUCUUAAUAUGAGUAAAGGCCCAGAGUUGAAGGAUUAUAAAGAUCCAGGAAACCAGAAACAAAAUGGAGAACCAGGGCAUUUAAAUUUAGAUCAAUCGCCAACUAGCAACAGUAGAGACAUUACACCCACGAAUGAAAAUCCAAAUUUUGAUAUUAACAAACAGUACUAUAACUCAGACAAUGACUGCAGGUGCAGGAGUCCAGCACACGAAACUUCUAUUGUUGUUCCAGAAAUAACGUGGAAUAACAAGAAAGAUGAAGAAAAAGCAGGUACAGAUCUGGAAACUGACUCCUUGUCUAGCACAUCUGAUGAUAGUUCCACAGAACAUUUAGAAAAUCAGUAUAAUCAACUUGUUAGCAGAAGUCCUUCUCCAGAGAUGAUAAGCAUAGCAAAUAAAUUUGUUCCACAGAUUGAAGUUACUGGUACAGGCGGUGAGCUGAUGCAAAUGGAUAGUCUUAUGAUAAUAGAUGGCAAAUAUGUUGGCGACCCGGAUGAUGUUACUAAUUUACAUGAACAUGAAACUGUUGAAGAAAAGAAAUCAGUUGAAAUUAAACCAAUUCAACCUUCAACCCAAAUAACAUCACAAUAUACAUCUUCUGCUCCAGCAGCCUAUAAUUAUAAGGGAUUUAACAUCACAGAAAGUAAUAACCAAAAUACAUCAAUAAAUUACACCAAAGAUCCAAUAAGAAAUUCUGACUAUCACAGUGAUUCAGAUUCUGCUAAUGAAAUCACUGCUGCUUUGACUGAAACUGAACUAUCAGAUUGGGCAGUCGACGAUGCGGUGUCGGAGAAUAUAGUCGAUGUAGAAUAUAGCAUAAAUCCUGAAUUUUUAAAUUCUUUAAAACACAAGAAACCUAAAACUUUAAGGAAUGCCGGAAAGUGGAGGAAAGACUCUACAGCUUUGAUUGCCAAAGUAGAAGACUUCGAUGACUUAGGCAUUACUCACGUUUGCGGAAAAGAUAGAGACAAAAUUGCGCACCAGGAUGCUGUUGUGCCUACAAGUAUUCUUCAAAAUCCAGAUAUUGAUAAUAUAGAAUUUAUGGAUUCUGGAUCUGAAGAUAGUUGUAUUGAAAAAGUACCAUCGUCUGCCAACUCUGGUAUAUUGCAAAACAGAGGUUAUGUCCAGUUUGUUGACAAUGACUUAUCAAAAAUAUCAGAUUUAUCGCAAAACAAUACCCAAACAGCAACUAAUGGAGUUAUUCAGUCAUUCAACCGUGAUAUAAUUGAUAAUUCGCGGAAGGAUAUUGAUUAUAUUGAACAAGGAGCUUGUGUUUUGGAUAAUGAUAUUAAGAAAAUUCAUGAAAAUAAUAGUAAACGAAUAAAUAUUGAAUCGAGUAAGAAGGAAUUACCAAAUCUUGUUUCUAUUGUGCAAAAACCCAUAAUAGAAAACAAGAUAGAUGAAAAACUAGAAAAAUCAUUGAAUGACUCUGAGCAUGAAAAAGAACAGGAAAGAGAUUUUGAUCACGAUGAUGAUAGUUUGGUUUUAGCUGAAUCUGCAGCUGAUACUACAACUAGUGAUUUACUUACCGUAGUAAGCACACCCAUGGAAACUCCUACAAAUCCAGAAAAAACUUGGACUAAUGAUGUUAUUGUAAAAGAUAAAUCUGAUAAUUCAAUUGAUUUUUCAUUAAAUAAGCAAAUACAAAUGAAUUCUAACAAUAACAAUGAAAGGAAAAAUGCUACUAAUGAACAAUUUGCUCCAACUUGGAAGACUGAAGAAAAUUCUAAAGCUUAUGAUGAUUAUAUUAAAUCUUUAAAGGAAAGAGUUGCUGGUUUUGGAAAUGUGCGUGAUUCUAUCGAUAUUAGGAAAUCUAGACGAAAAUCUAAGUCGAAUAUCAAUAUGACAGAUAACUUAAACGAGGCAGAGGAAGUUCCAAACAGUUCAUCCAAAGUUUCAGCCCUUUUGAAUAACAAAAAUUUGAGUCUUUCUCAAAAUAAAACUUUUGUUUCUAUUGAUAAUAAUUUCAACUCUCCAGCAACUUCUAGGAAAUUAGAAGAAAUUACAAAAGAAAGGGUUAAACAAAAAGAUAUAAUCCAUGAUUUAGUUAUGGAUAAACUGCAGAAUAAGAAAAUGCUUAAUGCAGAAAAACGCUUAAAUAGAAGCAGAACAAGAUCAUCAUUUAGCCCUGGAAGUGGCUUGGCAAAACCUGAACCAGUUGUCAAUUCGGCAUUUAAAAAGUCUUUGGAAAAUAUUGAAGCUAAAUAUAAAAUAGAUAAAGAGAACACAUGUGAUAAACCCAUAACAAAUAAUCAAAAACCGCCUUUAUAUAGUUUACAAAAAUCACCAACAGAUUCAUCAAUAAUGAGGCCUUCAAACACUGGAUCAACCUUGUACCAGCUUAGUAGUUUAAAUUCUCCAAUGAAACAUCUUUGCGGAUUACAACACGCUUAUCCGUCAACUAUAGAACCUGAUUCACUGGUUCUAAAUGAAAAAGCAACCAGCACGCCUUUAACUUCCUUCAAGAAGUUGUCCCAAUAUAAAUCACUCAGGCCAAUAUCUAUGCAUAGUUCUUUUAAAUUAAAAUCAACUCCUAGCAAAGAUGUAUUAAGCUCGUCAUUACCAGAUACGCCUAUGACGAAUCCAGAAGCUUUUUCGAUGCCAGACAUAACAAAGAAAUUGUCUGAAGAUUCAUUCCGUACACCAGUUGCACCUCCCAGAUUGAAACGAGAAGAUGAGACUAGGAGAACAGCGGAAAGGCUGCGACAAGAGGCAAAGCUAAGAGCUCAUAUGAAGAGUAAUGAGGAUUUAGGAUUAAGUCCUGAAGAUAAAUAUCAAAUGUUGAAGCAGAAAAUAAAUAAAAAGCAAGCAGAGAGUAGCGAGCACGCUGACAGUAGUUCAGGAAAAACGGAAUACGUAAUUACGACGUACAAGCCUUUAAAUGAUCACCAAAAUUUUGCUGAGAAUUUGAGGCCCAGAACAAAAUCAUUCCAUGACAUGAAUAGACCUAGUUCGACUUCCACAGUGUAUAGUAAUUAUUCUCAAGAUUCAGCUAAAGAUAAGUCCAUAGAAUCUUCCACGAAAAGUAGUGGUUUUUGCACAUCUGACCCUAACAUGUCAUGUGAUUCACCAAAAAGUGACUCUGGUAGGAAGGUUAAGACGAAAGAUAGGGAAAGAAGGAAGAGCAUUAUUCAGGCUGUGUCAGAUUUCUUCCAUAAACGAAUAUCGCAUUCAAAUCCUACAUCACCUAUUAAAGAUGGCAAGGCGCAGGGUAUAUACUCAUCACAAAAAUCUAAGGAUAAAUCUAAGUCCUGCUUUGAUAUGGAUCACCUAAACAGUUUUGAAAAUUACAAUACGGAAAAUGUCUUGCCAUAUCGCUGUCAGUCCGAGAAGAACCUCAUUGCGUCCAGGACCGUCCAGGAUGAACAACCGCCGCCUAUACCACCACCGCCGUUGAACUAUGCGCCACCGGAUUUUUUACAUCACGUAUCAGAUGGUAGUCAAUCUGAAGAUCUGGAUGGAAGAGGGAUUUCUUUAGAAACUUUAGACUACACAAAUAGUUCUUACAAUUUGGAUGGAACGAAUCCUUCAUCUACUGAGCCAAAACGAAGGCGCAGUCAAAGAGCCAUCAGGAAAGCCGAGUUGAAAAGAUUCAGGAGAGCUCAAGAAAAUCAAAGACAGAGAGAAGAGACUGAAGUUAAGCAAAGAGAGUUAGAAGCCAAAGGCGUUGCCAUAGAAAAAGCUUUAAGGGGCGAAGGAACUGAAAAUACACAACUAGAUGAGCAACUUUUUGCCUCCUGGAUGCAAUUGCGAAGGGAGCAGCAAAAAUUACAUGUAUACGAUCAGAUGUUGUCAAUUCAAGCGAGGGAGCUCCAAUUGGAGGAUCGACAUGCCAGAUUACAGAACGAAUUGCGGGAAAGGUUAUCGCAGGACGAUUCCACUAAAACAACUGAAGAUGCAAAUCGUGAGAGUCAAAUACUGCAAGAAAUGUUAGAGAUUGUUAAAAUGCAUGAUUCUUUAGUGCUUGAACGAGACAGGCUCAGGAGUACUGAUACCCCAACAUCAAAUGUACAAGAGGUACCGAUUGAUGAAACCAGAUGAGAUUGCAAGUUGUAUUUGAAGCACUGUAUGCAAGAGGUGCUCCAAUAUCUCCUGAAUCUUUUACAACCAAUAUGAGGUGAUUAUUUUCUGAUGACGGUUGAUGGUCAAUGAAAUAGGUUUUAUUCUGGGGCAUGACAUUUUAUUAAAAUGAUCAAAUAAUAUUAUAACAUCACAUUUAUUACAAAAACAUCAUGUUACCACAUACACAGGUUUAAGGUAAAUGUUUCCAAUUUGCGAUAUGUUAUUGAAAUUCUAUUUUGUAUGCGCUGCUUAAACCCAUUUUAAAAUAUUUUAGUGCUACUUCUGCCUUUAGAUAUGUAACGUAUUUUUAUAUUAUAUAUUUACCGACUAUGAAAGAAUAUGAUAGUCAUAAUGUUAUUAUUAAGGUUUUAUUAUAUAAUCAAAUGAGUCAUAAUUCUAA